CUUUUCAACUACUCACAACAAAUUACACAUAUAUACGGUAAUGAUAAUGGUAUCGACGAUGUCGUCCUUCAAUCCCAUUACCCUCCCCAAGAAACAAGGAAAAGAUGAGCAGCAGAAGUUCCACCAGCAGAGAGACUUGUGCAAUCGAGUCAGCCGGGGGCGUAACCCUGGACGCCAGAAUCUACAGGCCCGCCGCCGGUCACUCGGAGCAUCAAAACUCCAAUUUGGUUGUCGUUUUGGUGCACCCGUACUCUGUUCUUGGGGGAUUCCAGGGAUUGAUGAAGGGUAUUGCACGAGGGCUGGCCGACAGGGGGCUAGCAGCUGUCACCUUCGACAUGCGGGGCGUCGGAAAGUCCACUGGCCGGGCAUCGCUCACGGGUUUUGCCGAGGUUGACGAUGUCGUUUCGGUGUGCAAAUGGGCCUGCUUGAAUCUCUCCGCCCAACGCAUUCUCCUCGUCGGAUCUUCAGCUGGUGCACCAAUUGCCGGCUCUGCAGUUGAUCGGAUUGAUGGAGUUGUUGGCUAUGUUAGCUUAGGUUAUCCUUUUGGAUUAACUGCCUCUAUUCUCUUCGGUAGGCACCAUAAAGCUAUACUACAAUCUCCAAAACCUAAACUCUUUGUAAUGGGUACAAGGGAUGGUUUCACAAGCGUGUCACAGCUCGAGAACAAGUUGAAGACUGCAGCUGGCCGCACACAAACGCAUUUAAUUGAAGGAGUAAGCCAUUUUCAAAUGGAAGGGCCAGCUUAUGAUGGGCAGAUGGUGAAUCUAAUCAUAGAAUUUAUUUCAUCAUUGUGAGGUUUAUAAAUGGUUCGCCUGCUGCUGAUGCAAAUUUAUUUCUACACCAUCCUCCUAAAUGAUGGUAAUGUAUUGCUUCUAUAUGCACUGUGUUCCAGCUGUUUGCUGCAUUGUAUGAAGUAAGAGGUGUAACCUCAUUUUCUUGUGUCGAGAGUUGAGCAGGUAUUCACUUGGCAGAAUACCUUUCAAAUUUGGAAACCCAUCUUGCCAAAUAUUACUGGAGUCCUGGCAUCAAUUCUGCAGAUUCUAAACUGUAACGCACGGACCCUGUAUUUUAUAGAAACUUUGGUGCUUCGUCUUGUA